AUGUCUUUCCCGUUGAGGCUCACGACAACUGCAGCAGCAGCAGCAGCAGCAGCAGCAGCAGCAGCAGCAGCAGCAGCGGGAAGUGCAGGGCAGCAGACAGGCAUGCAGAGCUGCUGCCGGCGCAGCGGAGAGGGAAAGAAAGCCAGAGAAGCAGCAGCAGCAGAAAAGCAGCAGCAGCAAAGCAGCAGCAGCAAAGCAGCAGCAGCAAAGCAGCAGCAGUAUAUUAGCAGCAGCAUAGCAGCAGCAGCACAGCAGCACCAAGUAAAACUGCAGCUGCAGCAGCAGCAGCAGCACGGCAGCAGCAAGCAAGCUGCACUAGCAGCAAAAGAGAAACAGCAGCAGCAAAACAGCAGCAGAAUAACAGAAGCGAGCAAGCAGCAGCAGCGGCAGCAGCAGCAGCAGCGGCAGCAGCAGCAGCAGCGUGACGAACUGUAG